AUGCCCGGAAAUUCAUACUAUAAAGCCUACCCUGUGAGAGACUACACAUACCAGGAGGAAGACUAUCCUUCUCAACACUUGACAAGCUACGGUCCUCUGCCACUCCCGAUCGUAAUUCCACAGCAACGACCGGGAUCCAGGGAACGUGGGUUCAUCGCCGCCUAUGCCCCAUCACUGGAGGCAUGCGGCAUUGACCGUCUGACUUUCCUAAGGUUUCUAGAUGAAUGCAACACAGCAGUACAAGGAAAUAAGUUCCUAGCUGGUGUACAAGUGGUCUCGUUCGGCGUCGGAUUCACGCCGGAGAUGAUCGUUAUGGGAGUUGCCACCGCUGUGCAGGCCGGUGCUUACAUUGCAAACAAAGGCCAUGUCAGACACAAAACCAAUGCUGUUCUAGAUCGAUAUAAUCAAGAACUAUUCGGCCCUCACGGUCUGUUUUGUAUGAUCAUGAGUUACGAACCGGAAACAUACGAUGAAACAAAGCCUCGAACAUCGCAAUCACCUUCGAUCCCGCUCAAUCGACUAGGAUCCCUGGCCUCAGGCAGCUGGGUACGAGAUCCAAUCUCGGGAAAGUCGCAAGGGGCUCAUAAUCUACCCGCCGCUGUUGCGCCCUUGAUGUAUAUUGAUGAUCGGCGGCAGCAUAAAGAGCUUCUCUCUGAUGGAAAGUCCCUGGAAUCCACAGAAAUGGUAAAGAAAUCGAAGAGAGCUAAAAGAGCGUUUGAUACGUUCAACGAUUACCUGGAUCGGAGGGCCCGUGCGCAAUACACAGCCGAGAAUUCAGGAGAUAUUCUGAACGUCCCUCUAACCCGCGGCUUUAAAAACCGGUAUCUCGACCCUAAUCACCCCGCCACGAACGGGGGCUUAAUCGGACUGCUUUCCGGUGGCGUGCUGAGCCCUGAUCCGGAGGCGCGGAGGCGUAAGGCCCUGCGACGGGUUGAGGAAGAAGAAAGACAGGUUCUAGACCAGUACUAUCAGCAGAUGGACAGCAUUCACAACCAGAAUCAGUCCCGGUGGGAGAUCGGCAGGCAGAUCCGGCAGUGUGAUGAGCAAUUUGCUCCACGGUUUGAGGAGUUCCGAGAGCGGAGACGAGAGGCACAAGGAAAGCAGAGAAAUAUUCGGAAGAACAUCUUAUACUUGACCAUUGUUAAUAAGCCGACGGAAGGAGAAUUGGCGGCAGCGGCGGCGAAGUUAAAUACUAGUAUUGGCUAUGGGAAUGGGAUGGUAGGCGUUACGCAGGUAUAG